CGGGUCUAAGCUAUUAUGCAUAUGUGAAGAAUUCCUCCGUCGGUGCACAUUGCAGGACCCAUAGGAGCUAAUCCCACUCUCCGAAUCUGGAGCUUCACUGCGACAAGCAGUUGCACACUAGGAGGGAGGCCAGAGUUCGUUGCUGGACAUCUCUUGCCUCGUGUGUAGUCGCCGAGGCCGUUUGCAACACGCCUGCCAUCACCAUGGCUUGCUUGGAUUUCCCAAAAACCGACAUGACCUAAUUCUCCAAAUCACACUAUUGUGCUAUGGACCAUUAUGUCUUUGCUUGCAAUUCUCAGCACCUAGAACAGGCAUUUUGCGAUCCAUUUAGCCACGCGAGACUGGAUCUCGGCGUGGCAGGCAAUCUCUGGGACUGCUCCAAAUUUGCCGCCCAUCUCUUGAAGCUGUUAAAUGUGACACAGCACUUAUCAGCAGCGUCGUCGCAUACACCGAAAACCGGUUAUAAAGGCUCGCUGCGGGCACUCCAGCUAUUUGUGCAUCUUAUUUGUCCAGGAAACCACUUUCUGCAAACAUCGAAGAGUGGAAUCUGACGCUCGACAGACUCCAGUCUCAAUGAAACCCGCGGCCUUCGGUGUAUGCUGUACCCUCAGCUGCAAGCUAACCGAAUCUGUACUCUCCGAAGCGAGUCCCCGAGUAGGAAGUAGCUACAGGAAUGUGGCGUCGGAGCUGUCGACCUGUGAGCAGACGUGGGUGCACCAUCGCAGCUGACAGCACAGUGACAGUGCCACGGGUGCGUAUAGAACCCACGAUGCCACCACCUUCCCCGUCGCAGCCGCACAAGGCACUUGUAAGGACACAUACCGGGUGCAUCGGACCCUCAUGGCACGGCGAUUACUGGACAAGGUCUUGAAACCUGUGCAUCAGUACCAUUAUCAGCCGCUUACUGCGCCAGCGCACGAGAUUCGGGUGCUCAUUCUCGAGCCUGGAAGCGGCAGGCAAACUCUACGAUGCGCUCUCCAAACGGUUCCUCUGGGAGGCGAGUCCCCGCCGGACUAUGAGACAACUUCCUAUGUCUGGGGCAACGCAAGCUUGACCGGAGAAGUCUAUAUCGACGACAUGAUCCUGGGCAUCCCCGUUAGCGCUCAGAAAGUCUUGUUCCGUGCACGUCUACCAGAAAGACCGAGGACUCUGUGGAUCGAUGCAAUAUGUAUCAAUCAAAAGGACAGUGCGGAGCGUAGUCAACAAGUGGCCUUGAUGAGUCGCAUUUAUUCGAUGUCAAGAUGCAAUCUGAUAUUUCUCAGCGUCGAGAAGCACGGAGCGGCUUCGCUGGUAGCAAAUGUAGAUGCGAUUGUGACAGAUUUGGCCAGGAGUACUGACCAAUACCGGAAACUAUCGGAAAUGCUCUUCGACCCUCAUAAUAACUGGAAGCAUACUUCCACCGGAAGUAAUCUCUCCCUCGACCGUCAAGCACUGCUAGAUUUGUUCACAUGCGAAUGGUUCUCGCGCCUCUGGGUCGUGCAAGAAGUCGCACUGGCGCCGCAAAAUGUUUGUAUAUAUGGGGAAGCUCGAAUCCUUUUCAUCGACAUUCUACGUGCGAUUGCCUGGUUCUCGCUGAACUUUCGCACCGAGAGGUGGUUCCCAACCUCUCCACACGUCAAUUUUGCCAGACUGGAAUUCAUGCUGAGAUGGGCUGGGGCAGACCGAAUAUAUUCUCUGGACCCAAUGAUCAGAGUCAAGUCAAUCCACAUCUUGGAAUCGAUGCGUUUCUUCAACGCUACGGAUGCUCGCGACUACGUCUUUGGCACACUGGGCAUACACGACAAAUUAUCGGGUGCCGUGUCGUCGAUGCUGACGCCGGAUUAUUCAGUCUUAUACCCCGAGGUAUACGAGCGUGCCGCUCUGGCUGCCAUCACGUCUGACAAAAGUCUAGCCGGCCUCGGGCUGGCUGGGUACAGGUCCGGACACAUUGACGAACUCCCAUCCUGGGUCCCGCGCUUCAACAAGCCCAUCAACAAGGCACACGACCCCAACCCUUUGAGUCCACUCGGGACAUCCGCUGAUGGCGGAAGACCACUCCAACUGCACAAUACUGGCAACUCCAACGGCGUCCUCACUGUAAGCGGACUUCUUCUCCCUGGCCCAGUCUCUCAAGUCGUUUCCUCCCUCCGACAAGAAAGCAGCCUCUUCGACUUCAUCACAUUCAUAUCAUCCAGCCUGUCCAUCGCGCACGAGUCAUCUCUCUCUACACAAUUCAAUCCGACCACCGCCGCCAUCGACACCGACACAGCCGUUGCAACCACCUUCCAAGCCGGCGUCCACCUCGACGGCACCAGAGCCGCCUCUGACCCCUCAAAAAGCAUCCUCGGCCUUCAACACUUCCUCUCCUACCUCAUAACAAACCGCAAAUUCCCCUGGGACGCAGACGCCGACCCUAUCGCAGUACAAUACUACCGCUCUAUGAUCAACGCAUGCUAUCAUCGGAAUUUCUUCUCUACAGACACUGGACACAUAGGACUCGGACCCAAGAAUAUUAGUCCAUGUGACAAAGUAACAAUUCUUUACGGAGGAACAUUCCCCGUCAUUUUGAGACCGUCUGAAAAGUACUCCGGAGAUUAUGAAGUUGUUGGUGUGGCGUAUGUUCAUGGGCUCAUGGCAGGUGAAGCGUUGGAAAGUGAUAGUGGAGGAGAAGAGGUCAUCUUUCGAUUGAGAUGA